UGUUGUGCUCGCCGCUGAUGGGCUUCAAUCGAGACACACGGCGCGCACCGAUUAUACACAUCCACCGCGAGAGGAACAACGUAUCCUCAUUUAUAAGUCAAUCACAAGUUUAACUUGAAUUUAACUUGAACAAGUUUCAUCGGAGGAUUUUUUUCUGUUGGUGUACAUUUAAUUUAUUGAUAUUGGACUGGGAAGUUUUGUGUUAAUACUUUCGAGGCAAAUGUUUAAUUGCUGGUGUGGUGAGCGCGAAACUGCACAAUGCUGAUAUCGAGCGGCGCGCCCAACGGCCUGCUGACGACGCCCGGAAACGACUUCACGAGCAUCGCCGGCCUCUCUGGUUGCUGCCCGCUGCCAGCGGCGCCGGCCGCCGCACGCUCCGGUAUCGUCAAUUGGAAGAUGGAUCCUUCCGUCGGCGGCUUAUCGGCCACCGCGCCGAAUGUCCUACCUUCAACAUUACCUCUUUCACCAACUGUGGCAACAUCGCCUUCGGUGCCCGGUCCGACGUCGGGUGCGGCUAGUGGCGGCGGUCCGUCGGGGGCGAUUCCGCCGGCGGCGCUGCGCGAGUUCUACAGCCAGGCGAACACCCCCGGCCACCCUCUUGCGUCGCUGGUCUCACAACAGCGGCUGCUCGAGCUCUCCCGCUUCGGGCUGCGCCACUACGACCUCGCGCAGCAUAUGCUCACCCAGCAGGGGGCCGUCACCAAAUUGCUAGGAACUCUACGACCACCUGGAUUAAUCGGCGGCAGUAAACCGAAAGUAGCCACCCCUGCCGUGGUGUCAAAAAUCGAACAGUACAAAAGAGAAAACCCAACGAUUUUUGCCUGGGAAAUCCGCGAGCGAUUAAUAUCCGAAGGAGUGUGUACGAACGCCACCGCUCCUUCCGUGAGCAGUAUUAACCGAAUUUUGAGAAAUCGCGCGGCGGAACGCGCCGCUGCUGAAUUUGCAAGAGCAGCUGGUUAUGGUCUGUAUCACCCUCAUCCGUAUGCAGCGGCGGCUGCUUUCCCCUGGCAUAAUCCUCUAUGGCCCAAUGGUCCACUGGGGUUGCAACCUCCUGGUAGUGGCAGUUCCUCGGCGAUGGCAGGAUCUCCUGGGUCUUCGGCUUCGCCACAUCAAGACCACAGAUUGCUUAACUCACCUCCUGGUUUAGACAAAGAUGAUUCCAGUCUAGAUGGCUCUGAACAACCGAAAUUCAGACGGAAUCGCACAACGUUUAGUCCUGAUCAACUUGAAGAACUUGAAAAAGAGUUUGAAAAAUCUCAUUAUCCUUGUGUAUCAACCCGAGAACGAUUGGCAUCGAAGACGUCUUUAUCUGAAGCUAGAGUACAGGUUUGGUUUUCCAACAGGCGUGCGAAAUGGCGCCGCCACCAGCGCAUGAAUCUACUAAAGCGGGCGUCGCCGUCGGGGGGCGGGGGCGGCUCGUCUGCGAUGUACGCCGGCCGAUUGACGCCAUCACCGCACUACAACGCGGCUUCCACCCCUGGCUCGCCGCGUACCACGCAUCGCACCGGCGCGCCCCCACCGUCCGCGCUCAUGCUGCAGAUGGGCGGCGAGAAUAGCGCCUUCAAAGCAUUCGGACCCAAUAAUACACUAGCGGACAUCCGCCGCCUCGGCGGUUACAUGACCGAUUCGGAUGAGGAGAUCAAUGUCAACGAUGAGUCUGACUGUGAGGAUGUGCGACACCGAUCGCGUUCUUCAUCACCGGUAGAUGUCGUUGAUGAACCGAAGGAUACGCCGCGUAAGGAUAAGGAACAACCGCUGCAACUCACAAUGCACGAUCGUGAAUGACAGUUAAGUGUGCGCAUCAUCAGUGAAUUUAAAAAAAAAGUGAAUAUUUAAACAAAAAACACUCAUCAACCAAAGCAGGACGUUAAUUCAGUUAGCAAUAAUCGUAAGUAAGUGUUUAAAUGAUAAGGUUGUAAAUAUUUAUGAACAUUGAACAUUGGGAAACGCGCAACUUUUAGUGUAAAUGAAUUUGAAGCAAUCGAGAACAUUUUGAACUCUUUCAACUCUUUGAAGACUCAGCAUUCAACAACUAUACACUUUGUAAAAAUGAAUAAAUUAUUAAUUUAUGGGUAAACUUCGUGUUCUUGUCGUCAUGCACGCAUGUUUCUUCAACUUUAUCCAGAUGUUCAAACAAUCGCUUAAAACAGCACAUUCUUUCAAAGUAUUAAAAGGUUAGCAAACUCAGAUUGAAUUAUAAAACAAGAGUGAAUUGAAAGGCAAAAAGGCUGGAAAGAAACUCUGGAUUUAUAUGACUUUUUAAUGAGCGAGAAAUUAUGCCUAUGCAUGAGUGAAUUACAUGGAUAUAAAUCAAUUACUCGAUUGAAUUAUUAAUGAAAAAUAAACUUUUAUAUGAAAA